GGACGAAUAUUGAUCAAUAAAUAUAAUCUUUCAUUCAGUGCCCCUUAAAACUAACUUAAUUAAACAGAUAUGCAUUUUUCAUGUACAUUAAAAGGAAUCAUAACGAUCGGGACAUCAUCAUCUAGCAGUGCAUUUGGUUCGGUUUUGAAAGAAAGUGUGAAAAUUGUUGACAACUGUCCUGACAGUAAAGAAAAAUGGAGAGAAGCUGCAGAUAAAAUGAAGUGCGCCGAGUUUGCUGGAAAUCGCAGAAACCCUGAAAAGUUCGUUUAUCACUGCAUUAUCAACUCUUUUGUAAACCAAACACAAGAAGUAUGUGCUAAAAAUGUACUGAUAUUUGAAGGUUCUUGUGCAGAGUAUAGUGCCAGCGCCAACAAAAUCCAGGGGAGCCAUCAUGCAAAAUGUACGAAUUUCUCUCCCCCAUGUCCUGAUGUAUAUAAUUCAACACAAGCUUACAAAUACCCAGGAUGCUUUACUUUGACGAACAAGAAUCAAACAAAAAGGACAGGAGAAAAUGCUAGUGCAGAGCUGAAACCAAUCUUUCAUGUUAUUUUAUGUUUAAUGACUAUUGCCUUAGUCGUCAACCGUUUUAUGAAUUAAGUUUUAUUUCCAACUUUACAACUUUCAAUUUUAUAAAUUUUAUCCAAAGAUGCUUGUACAGAACAUUAAAAAAAAGUAAUGCCCAUAUAUCUGAACAGUUUCAUCGACCUACAUUCAAAAGUAUAAAAAAAAGAUUUCUCUAUUUAAAGGGGCAUGGUCACGAUUUUGGUCAAAAAUUAUUUUUCCGAUUUAAUUGUUAACAAUGCUUCGGCAAGGCAUUUUUGAUAAGCAGCUAAAAUAUGAGUGUCAUUUGUUGAGUCAUAAGCAAGUUACAUAGCUCACAAUUAUUUGCUAUGUAAACAAAGCUUUUGUUUACAUUUUGAACGUUGAAGAGAAAAUUCCAGGUUUAGGCCUAAAAUAAAUGUUUUAAACGUUAGGAACUGUUUAUUUAUGCUUAAAAUGAAUAAGAAGAUAGAUAUAUCAGGUUAAAAAAGAUUGUUUAGUGGUAUAUUGAACAUAUGUAAACAAAAACAGGGCACGAGCCUUGUUUACGUGACAAAAACUUGUGGGCACUGUAUCUUGCUUUUAACUUUACAACCGACUCUAUAAUUUUGGGUAAUCAUUACAAAUGCAUUCCUAAAGCAUUGCAAAUAAUAAAAACAGAAAAUAAAUUUUGACCAAAAUCGUGACCAUGCCCCUUUAAACGUCUCUUGUUGGUUUCAAUACAUGGCAUAAAAGAAAAUACCUACUGGGAUUUCGCGUUGAAAUACGAACGGAUAGAAAAAAAACCACGGAUAGAAAAAAUAUCGGCCGCUAUAAUGCGGUUGGUCAUAUGACGUAAAAUGAAAAAAAAAGAGCUGUGUAUUAUUGCGGAUCUAUUAUAAAAAUGCCUUUGUGGGAGAUAACCUGUAUUUGGACGAAAACAAUCAUGCACAUUUUGUAUUAAAACGUAGUACAAAAGUUUAUCUAGUAAAUAAAUAAUAACAUUGAAUUUCUUUGCAUUUAAUCAUCAAAAUCAAAAUUAAAAAAAAUGAAACUGAAAGAGAAAAUGAUUAUUUUUAUAUGUUAGUAUUUGGAAUCAGCUGACGAACAUAAAUGUUUUUCGUUAGUAAACAAGUGUUACAGUUGUUGAGUUUUAAAAUUUUAUUAAUAAUUUUGAAUAUUUUUUCCUAAUCUUUAAAAUCGUUUCAUGUUUUAUUCACUUACAUUGCCGUAUGCCUGUUUACAUAUAUCUGUUAACAACUAAGACCAUCUGAAUGUGAAUCAAGUAUCAUUUAAAAUAUUUAAUAAAACAAAUGGAUGAACAGUUCAUUGACUUUUGAACCAAUUUUUUCUUGCAAAUAGCUUAAAGAUAUCCUUUUUUGUUAAUGUGGCUUUCUUCAGGAAAAAACAGGUGACAUAUCAAGGAAGAAAAUUUUGUAUGUUUAUUUCUCGGCUGACUAUGGUUAGACACUUUGACACCGAAACAUUAUUCAUUUUAAUUGACAUUUCCUUUCCACUACAAAUACAGAGUGAAUGCAAAUUUUUGAAAGAAAAUUUUAUCUAGUCGUUCGUUUUUUGACUUUAACCUACCAUGUGAUAUUUACAUUAUUAAAUAUAUCUCGAUUUGAAAAGCAAUGCAUUGCAAAUUUGCAUAGAAACCUUACCCUA